UGGUGCUCUGUGUCCCUCGGACACAGCGGAUCACCGAUCACGGAAAGAGCUGAAGAUGUCGGCUCGGUCAUGUCCAAUCACGGCUGAUCACAUGGGACAUGUACACUGAUCAUCAGGGCACUGAUGAUCAGUGUGCCCUGAUGAUCAGUGUAGCCCCAGCAGUGCCACCUGUCAAAGUCCAUCAGUGCCGAUCAGUGCCACGUGCCAGAUCAAUGCCACAUAUCAGUGCAUACCAGUGCACAUCAAUGCCACAUAUCAGUGCCCAUCUGAGCUGCCUUUCAGUGUCAUCCAUCAGUGCCAGUCAGCGCCACCUAUCAAUGCCAAUCAGUACCACCUAUCAGUGCUGCCAAUCAGUGCCACCUAUCAGUGCCAGUCAGUGCCACCUAUCAGUGCCAGUCAGUGUGCAUCAGUGCCACCUAUCAGUGCCAGUCAGUGCCGCCUAACAGUGUCAGUCAGUGCCGCCUAACAGUGCCAUAUAUCAGUGCCAUAUAUCAGUGCCAUGUAUCAGUGCUGCCUUUCAGUGCCCAUCAGUGAUGCUUGUCAAUGCCCAUCAGUGCCACCUACCAGUGCCUCCUCAUCAGUGCCCAUCAGUGCCACCUAUCAGUGUCCAUCAGUGCAGCCUAUCAGUGCCCAUCACUGCAGCCUCAUUAGCGCACAUCAGUGAAGGAGAAAAAUCACUUAUUUACAAAAUUU